AUGGUGAGGUGGAAGAGGGGGCAGUCGGAGUCGCAGUCGCAGAAUUUAUCCACUAGGAUGGUGAAGCGGAAGUUGGAAGAGGAAUCGACAACAACCGAAGAGAAAACAGAAGAUGAUGACACGCAUAAUGCCACUAUACGGUCCCCGCCGAAUGUUGAGAGGUGGAAGAUUCUAGAUUCAGAGGAAGACGCUGACUUCCUCAAACAAAAGAAAGUUGUGAAUGAUUAUAGGCCUGGAGUUGUCUACCAGGCUCUUCGUUCGAUUUUUGAUAGCAAACUUAAUAAAGCUGGUAUGGCAGGAGCUGUGUAUGUAAACACAGAUAAUGGAGUGUUAUUAUUUGAGAUUAAACCCCAUGUCCAUAUACCAACUACCAAGAACGUGUAG